GUUAAACAUGUUAAAAACAGGCAGCCCACGUCAGGAGAACUAACUCUCCGUGUGUUUCUGUUUGACGUCUAUAAGCUCCGGUACAUUUAAACAGGUCAUAGAGAGUCAAUGAGAGAAACCUUUAGCAUGACUCGGGUCUGUUGGGAUUCAGUGAUGACGUAGACCGAAGCUGAAUAACCGGAGCGCACAGAUGAUGAGCGGAAGCGCCAGUGCGCACCUCCCCAUAAUAAUCCGGCUGAGCAGCGUCGCUGUCUUUUCAGCACCACUCACUGACAAUCCAGCCGAGCGGAGAGGAAGACAGGCGGACUGACUCCUCUGCUACCUGCUGUGGAUUCUUCCUCUCUCAUCAGCAGCCUACAACUUUUUUUUUCUUCCUCAGUAAAGGAGCUAUCACAUCCUGAUCCCGAGUCCCCACCUGCUGAAAGUAAGAAUUUUACAUGUAUUGGUGUAUUUUUUUCCAAACAAGAGCGACCAUGUGGUUGGUGGAUGUAUGAUUUUAUGAUUUUUCACUGCGGAUCCUGCCGUGUUUUUCCCUUCAUGGUUUCACUAUAAACUAAGUUUGGUGUUUUUAUCACACUUUGGAAGUGUAGAAAAAUGUCCGCAACCACUUGAAUUAACGACUUGAAUAAGUUGAUUAUUUCACAGGCGGAAUCUUCAAACGUUCAGGCAGUUUAGGAGGCUUUUUUUCCCCAAUUUAAUACGCGGGAAUUGCGCAUCUAUCCAGUCGGGAUGCUGACUUUAAUAGUUGGACUUUUAUACCUGGUGAGUGGACGCGCGGUGCGGAGCCAGGAUGCUACAGGUAGCCGCUUCGUUUGUAACGCCAUCCCCCCGGGCGCGGAGCCGGGCUGCGGGUACGGUCCUACGGGGAACCGCGUCCAGAGCAGCAGCCCCGUGGAGGACGAGCUCCGGAACACCAUCAUCCAGCUCCGGGAGACCAUCCUACAGCAGAAGGAGACCAUCGUGAGCCAGCAGGGCACCAUCAAGGAGCUGAACUCCAAGCUGGCGCGCUGCGAGGCGGCAGCCGACGAGUCGCCGCAGGGCAAGUCCCGGGGUCAGGGGGGCUCCAGACGGAAGGAGUACGGCAAGAACACCAUGGGGGACCUGCCCCGGGACCCCGGCGAGACCAUAGACCAGCUGGGCAAGACCAUGCAGAGUCUGAAGGGUCGGCUGGAGAACUUGGAGCAGCAGAGUUUGCGUCUCCCCAGCACAAACGUGUCAGCUGGAGGUGUGUCUGCCCUGACUCCCCUGCCACCGGAGCUGCGGGAGCUGCUGAGGCAGCGUCUGGGGGCCCUGGAGACCCAGCUCCUCCGGAAGGUGGCCGAUCUGGAGGAGGAGAAGAGCCAGCUCUACAAUGAAACAGCGGCCCACCGCCAACGCACCGAGAGCGCUCUGAAUUCCCUCCUGGAGAGGAUCACCGAGCUUGAGAAAAGUAAUAAUGCCUUCAAGUCGCCUGAGGAUUUCAAGGUGUCCCUCCCUCUUCGCACUAAUUACCUGUAUGGCCGCAUCAAGAAGAGCCUCCCGGAGAUGUACGCCUUCACCGUGUGCAUGUGGCUCAAGUCCAGCGCCAGCCCGGGCAUAGGAACCCCGUUCUCUUACGGCGUGCCGGGCCAGGCCAACGAGAUAGUCCUCAUCGAGUGGGGGAACAACCCCAUAGAGCUACUAGUUAACGAUAAGGUGGCCCAGCUGCCUCUGUCAGUGAGCGACGGGCGCUGGCACCACAUCUGCAUCACCUGGACGACCAGAGACGGGUUUUGGGAGGCUUACCAGGAUGGCGAGCGUCUAGGCACCGGGGACAACCUGGCCCCCUGGCACCCAAUUAAACCCGGAGGUGUGAUCAUCCUGGGCCAGGAGCAGGAUAUCGUGGGAGGCCGUUUCGACGCCACGCAGGCCUUCGUGGGCGAGCUGAGCCAGUUCAACAUGUGGGACAGAGUGCUGCGGCCCGUGGACAUCGUGGGUUUGGCCAACUGCUCGGCCUACAUGCCGGGCAACGUGGUCCCGUGGAUUGACGCUAACGUGGAAGUGUUUGGUGGCGCGAGCAAAGCCGCUCUGGAGAUCUGUGAAGAUCGUGCUUUUGAUUCCUAAAGGAUCUGACGGAAAGGAAAUUCAGUAUCGCUGCUGGGAUCAAGAAGUAUUCUGACUGUUUGCUGCUUCAGUCAAAUCCUAGAGAAAAGGGUACUGGUGCAACACUUUAACAUCUUUAUAUACGGUACGUCAAAGACUCGACGUUUCCUGGACUCACCUGUCGACGCGCCCAUUUAAAUUGAACAGGAGACUUCAAAUUAGUGUGCUCAUCUGAAGAAGAUACGCUGUUGUAUAUGCAGUCUACUGUAAUGAUCUGACCUACUGUCAUUCUGUGCUUUUCUCUUCAGUAGAUCAGCUUUCAUUUGACUCCUCUUUGAAAAAAAAAAAAAGGCUCUUUUCAGUUGCAUUCCUUAUACUGACAAUGCUGCACUGUCUUCGUAGUGAAUGUGAGCUCAAACAGGCUUUGAUGUGCUGUGGAACACUAUUCCUGAGUUACAUGGUGGAGUGCUACAUGCUGCGAGCUUCCUCGCUGUUUGAAGAGCAAUGAGGCGCCGAAAAACUGGAAAGCGCAGUGAAAUGAGGUGGAGUUCAAAGUGGACAACCCUCGCUGUUGAUUACUUAGAAAAAUGGCAGAAUGUCUAAAUAUUAUGCAUGAGCCCCGGCAGUGAAUGGAAGUCGAUUCGAGAAGUGACAGUGCAUGCUUUCUGUCAAUACAGAGCGUGUGUGUGUGUGUGUGUGUGUGUUCUUGUACAACCUACAUAGUGGGGACCAUGACACGUUUUUAACCAACAAAGUGAGGACCUUUUUUGCGAAGUGAGGACCUCACUUCUUUAAAGGCUUGUUUGAGGGUUCAGACUUUGUUUUAGGGUGAAUUAGGUUUAUGUUAGGGUUAGGGUUGGGCAUUUAGUUGUGAUGGUGAAGGUUAGGGUAAAGGGGCUAGGGAAUUCAUUA